AUGGCAAUGAGGACAUCCGAGUGUUUUCUGAAAGAGAUGGAUUCAAACUCUUGUGGCACUUCCAGGGAUAUAAGGGGGAUUGUACUUUUGUGCGACUGCAAUGACGAUAUUCAACGGCAUCUGGCAAGAUUUCGCCUUUCGAAAUCGAAUCUAAACGAAUGUGACCUGAUUCUUGCAAGGGUUGGCAUGUUUGACAUUUCCCAGCAGGAAAAAGAGCAGCUUCUGGUGUGUCCUUAUCACCGACACAAGUUUGGUAAAUUUUGGCAGCCUUCGAAAGUAACGUGCCAAUACCCAUUGCACAAAGGUAAAAGCAAGACAUUGAAAGGUACAGAUGUAGUCACAUUGCAAAUGGCGAAAGAUGUCUAG